AUGAAAAGGCAUCAUAUUCAUGUUGCCCUUCUUUUCUAUGUGGCAAUAAAUUCCCUGCACGCGUUAAGGAAAAAUGGUGUUGCCAUUCUAAAAAAGCUAUCCGGUAAGGAAGUGAUGUAUAUCUCGUCCCUAGAGAAACAGAACACAGUGAAUAACAACAAUUUCAAACAUUUGACACUACUUAAGAGAAAAAAAAAAAAAAAGUUUAUCCUUUUGAAAAAAAUAAAAGAUUCAAAUAUGUUAAUGACAGCAAAUACAUUACAUAAAGGUGGGAAGAACGAUCAGAUGAGUAAUUUUUCCUUGUGCAUGCUGAAUCAGGAUAGGUGUGACUCACCUCAGGUACAGGCUUGUGUGGAUGGAACGAGUGACCCAGACGGUGCAAACCAUCCGAACGGUGCAGACAACCCAGACGAUGGUGUCGAUUUUGGAAACAAGAAGGAUAAAGAACCCACAACCACGAAUAAACUUGAACAUCGAAAUGAGUACCUUUUUCCAAGUUCAUCUGGGCACGAUGACGGGGAUGACAUGGAAGAGGACCAAGGGGUAAAGAAGAAGAAGAAAAAAAAAAAGAAAAAAAAAGUACAGGAAGGAAAGGGAGAGGCAGAAGUGGAAGAAGCAGAAGUGGAAGAAGCAGAAGUGGAAGAAGCAGAAGUGGAAGAAGCAGAAGUGGAAGAAGCAGAAGUGGAAGAAGCAGAAGUGGAAGAAGCAGAAGUGGAAGAGACAGAAGUGGAAGAAGCAGAAGCAGAAGAAGCAGAAGUGGAAGAGACAGAAGUGAAAUCUGAUUCAGUGGGGAGUGGAAAGACCGUGAUAAGAAACAAAUCUGAUGAAGAACACCCAAUUUUGGAUCUCUUGAAAUCAGAAGCCCUCAGGGAUACAGGGAGUGAAGAAAAACCUGUACAUUUCGACAAUAUAGCUGAUGUUGCGAAGAAAUAUGUAAAGAAAGCAGAAGAGGGAGAUGCUCGUAAGUUGGAAGGGUUGGACAAGGAGAAAAUGGUGGAGGAAUACAACCGUUUGGUACGCACCCUGAAAGAAAGUGCUGAAAGAAAAAUGAAACAGUAUGAGGAAAAUGAAAAGAAAAACAAGUACGAGCUAAAUGAGAGAGUUAUAAACAGCUCGCGUAAGCUGAAUCUGGAUAAGUUGAAGAAGGAGAUUGAAAAGGCAUUUAUUCCAAAUGAAGCACUUGAGAAGAAAAUUCAUGAUUAUAUGUACAUGUUCACACAGACAGGAGAUAACAGUGGUAUUGCGAGCGGCACAAGGAAAUGUAAUGGUUCGAGUGAUGAUUCCACCAAUGAAGUGAACUCGGGAAGAAAGGAAAAGUCUCCCUCUGAAAGAAAGACAACAGAGAAGAACUUAUCAGAUGAUAUGGCUCCACACAACAUAGACUCUUCUACACGAACAGAUCGUGCGUAUAUGUCACAGGAGGAGGAACUGAUUCAAGAACACGAAGAAAAAGAAAACAGGGAAAUCCUUAAACGAAUGUAUAGGGGAGAUUACAGUGGAAUCGAGAAAUUCCAUUUCAAAUUUUCUUCAAAAGAUCUAGAAAUGAUGAAAAAUUUAGAUGCUCCUGGGAAUGAAAGUGAAGAAGAAAGAACACUAAUCAAUGGAAUUUUUAAUAAAAUUAUCACGGAAAAGCCUGUUCUCAAUGAAAUUAAAGAAAAAGAAGAAAAAUUUUUAAAGUUGUAUGAGCAGAAUAGAAGAGAAAAUAAAAUCGAGAGGAAUGAAGAUAUAGAAAAUUUGAAAUACUACAAUAUGAAGGAGAUGGAGAAGAAAAGGAAGAAGGAGGAGGAGGAGCGACAGAGAAAACUUCUUGAAAAGAAGACUAAAGAGAACGUGGAUCAAAGGAGGAGGGAUAAUGACAACACAUGUGGGAUUGGAGAAACGACUCGAGAGAACGAAUUAAUUGAUAAGAAAAUAUUUUUUAAUAAAGUACAUGAAAAAUUUGUCGAAAUUAAAGAAGAAGAAAUUGAAAAAAUGAGUGAAUCACAAACACGAGAUGAAUUGCGAAAGAGAGGAUAUCCAACAUUUGGAACUCUCAAGGAAAUAAAAAUGAGAUUACAGGAUGUUAUGCGAAUAAAACAAAAUAAUGAAUAUGAUAUAAGAACAAUCAUGAAGAACCCAGAGAAACAUGUUUUAUCAUAUAUAAGAUUGGACAAAUUGAAAGAAAAUAUGAAGCAACUUAAGGAAAAUGAAAAAUAUGGAGACACAGAAUCGAGGAUUAAAGAACUAGAUGCUGCUUUAGAAAUUUCCAAUUUUGUAAAUGAUCCUGUUGACUAUUUAAGGUUAGAUACUACUGAGAAGUUCUCUAAUCAGAUUGAGAAAAAUGUCGAAAUGGAUAGACCAUCAGAGGGAAAGGAAACAUAUUUCCAAGAUCAGACAGAGGAGAAAAACGAAGAUUUAUCAAAAGUUCCCAUAGUGAACGAUUUUAACUUUGAUGAACAAAUUUCCAUGGCAGAAAAACUGAAAAAAAAUUUCCAAUUUGAAGAAGACGAAAGACAACCAGAUCGAGUGGUGAAAUAUGAUGACAUUGAAGAUGCUGGAAAUGAGAAUUCCGGAUCAGCAAUCGAAAUGGAAGAAGAAAAAGAAGAAUUAUGCAGGAGAGAAGUGUUGAAAUAUGGUGCAUUACAAGAAACAAUAAAUGAAUUUCAUUCGAAACAUAAUUUAUCUUUAGAUUUUAUUGGAGAUUUUAUAUGCAAAUUUUCAAAUGCAAGUAUUCAUGAAAUAAAUAAAUAUAGGAAAAAAACAAAGGAGGAAAUCGAGAAAUUACGUAAAAAUGAAUUCGAAUUUUUAAUUUCAGAAAAUUCUAUUAACAAUAAUUUUAUUGUUUACAAAUUUGUAGAUAUAAAUGAUUUAAUUAAAAAUUAUUUAACAACAAAAGAUAUUGUUACUCUUAUUGAAUAUGCCAAUGUUGCUGACCCUGUUGACAUAAUUCAUUUCUAUUCUCCAGAAACAAUUUUCAUGUUAAGUGACGAAUAUGGAAUUACUGUAGACAAGGUUAUUGAUGCAUGUACCACACUCAACAUUCGUCUCCCUUAUGGUGGGGACACACGAUUAAACAUGAACUGUUUUAAUAUGUUGACAACUUACCUGACACGAUAUGUGCAUACGUAG